AUGGAAACCCUCCUCCAAGCCGCGCACCGAAAAUGGACACAUUCAGACGAAGCGGAAAUCGAACAAAACUGGUUCCACUUUGAAAAGGCCCUGCUCCGCAACCAGCGCUGGUCCUUUGGCCGGCUCAACCUCGCGACCCUCGAGACCUUUCAGGACAUGUACUGCCACCUGCAGUUUCGGGUGCGCGUGGCCGAAAAGGCCUGCGGCGAGGCCGCCGAUGCCAUCCUCGAGCUCCAGGACCAGCUCGACGAGCGGACGCGCGAGCUCGACAUGCACGAGGAGUUGGGCGAGCGGCUGGGCCAGUUUCGGGACUUUGUCGCGGAGCAAGACGCCGCAAAUGGAGACGGGUCCCAGGGCGAGGAGAGGGAUAGGGGUCGCGCGCGUGCCCAGGCUGGAUCCGGGGCCAUUGUGGCUGGGGAACAAAUUCACGAGAUUGCGACGCUUCGCCAACAGCUCGAGGAGGCCGAGAUUCAAAAAGAAGGGCUCGAGAGCGCGCUGCAGACGACGCGCUUUCAGAUGCAAGAGCUCCAGAUCGCGGUCGAGGCGACGGCCAAGCAAGCCAGCCGGGACACGGACACGGGCGAGGAUCAGCUCCACGAUUUGCAGUACCGUCUACAGGAGACAGAGGCGGAGCUCACGAGAUCGAUGCAGAAGUUCGAGCAGCUCGAGCUCGAGAGCCAGUCGAUCGAGUCUGAGCGGAGACAGCAGAUUGUCGACCUCGAGUCCCAGCUCAGGGCCCAGGAGAGCGAAAACGCCGCAGCCGUCAGAGAGGAGGCUGCGCAGCAUCAUCUCAAAGUUAUCGACCUGGAGUCGAGGGUAAAAGCAAGGGAAAAAGAAGCCGCCGCCGGGGCCCAGAGGAUCGCCGACCGCAACAAGCGUAUUGCGGACCUCGAGACGCAAUUGCGCGCCAAGGAGCGUCAAGGGACCGCGGCAAAGGAAAGGGUGGCCGAGCUGGAAGAGCUGCUCCAAGCGGCCUCUGAAAAAUACACCCGGGCUCAAGACAACGUCCGGCAGCUAUUCGACCAAGUCCAGGAUUUCCGAGGCAAUCUGCGCGUCAUGUGCAGAGUCCGCCCCCGACUCGGCGCUCGUGAAGACGAACUGCUAGAGAUGGCGACGGCCAUGGGCGCUGGCAGCAACCAUCCGCAAGUCCUCAAGAUGCCCAAGCGCAUGGCGCGAACCGCUGCCGAUAUUGAGACUUUCCAAAUGGAGCGGGUAUUUGAUGAGAGCGAUCGAAACGAGGACAUCUUUGACGAGGUCGGCCAGCUCGUCAUGUCCGCCAUCAAUGGCCGGAACGUGUGCAUAUUCGCGUACGGGCAGACGGGGAGUGGCAAGACACACACCAUGAAUUUCCCCUGGAACGAGAAGAACGCCCCCGAAGACGACGAGGAUGUGGACUUUGGCAUCAUUCCCCGCUCGGUCGACAUGAUUUCAGAGUUCAUGCGGGAGAACGAGGGUAUUUGGCGGUUGUCGGUGUCGGGCAAGUACAUUGAGAUCUAUGCCGAAAAGGUCUACGACCUGCUCCGAGAGGGUCGAGGCGGCGCACCUUCCGAGGUGGCCGUCAAGUACGCCAAGGUCAACGGCGCCGACGUCCACGAGGCGGAAAGCACCGAGGUGGAAUUGACGGAUCAAGACGACGGCAACUUUGAGGACAAGGUCCAGGACCUGCUCUUCCACGCGUCGGCCAACCGCCGGACGCGGACCACGGUGGGCAACGCGCAGUCGUCGCGGAGUCACUGCGUCUUGACCCUGCGCAUCGUCGCUGAGCGCGUCGACGGUCGAUCCGAGGCCGUGACCGAGGGUCUGCUCAACCUCAUUGAUCUGGCUGGCUCAGAAAAGCCUAGCACGACAGACAAGGCCAGCCAGGCCGAGGGGAUCCAGAUCAACAAGUCACUAUCUGCGCUUCGAAAAGUUCUGGGCGACAUGGCGAACCCUCGUGUAAAGCACGUUAGUUUCCGCGAGUCCAUUUUGACAAAGCUCCUCCAGUCCAGCCUCGGCAACGGAUGCAAGACAAUGAUGUUUGUCAUGGUAAGCCCAUUGAAAAAGGACAAGGAGGAAACGCGAAAUACACUCGAGUUUGCCAUGACCGCUCAGCAGGCAAAACUAAAGACGCAAGCAAAGACCUAG